UCAUCAACAAGGAUGCUCCAACAACGGAUCGUGCUUCUACGCCCUCGGCGUGCCAGGGCAAUAGAAGGGACUCUUUCAUCAAUUCGUCGGUUUUCGGCUACGUACUUACAAGCAAAAGAUUCCAACAAUCACUCCAAUGCGAAUGCAACCGAGGGUUCCGCAGCCUCUUCCGCCGCCGGACGUCCUAGUGCGCAAACCAGAAGAAACAACAUUCCGCCGGCGAACCUGAACAUUCGGAGCGUCAACCAUGAACGACCUCGUCCCCGACGGAUAGUAGAUGCGAGAUCUCUCGCCGCCUCUCAAGCCACUGGCCAACCAGCAAACAUUCUUAAGAAUCCCAGGGCUCGCAAUUCUCGAGGCAACCGAUCCACCGCUUCUCGAGGCCCUAGAGCUGGGCCAAAGAAGAAGGUUCAAUCUAAAGAUGGGCGAGCAGGCCGUUCUCGACGCACCGAGGGGUCCGGCCAGGAAGAUUCAACAUCCAAUGCAGCAUUCCAUGAAGCCUCGAUCAACGCUGUCUUCCGAGAGCUCGCAGAACAAGCGCAGCCCAAGCCUGUCCAGUACAAUCCCGAGUCGAUCUCCUUAGCUUCACUGAAGGAAACAUGGCCAUCUCUACCCACCGACAUUGACGCUCAUACUGCCGGAGUCGUUGAGAAGUUGUCUCUAUUCGGCGAUCGCUACGCAAAUGAUUAUGUACCUCCAAAUGAGCUGGGCAAGCGACUUUAUCAGGGCAAAUUUGUCCGCUUUUCGAGUGAAGAGGAAAAAGCUGAGGCCAUCUCUGAAGCGAACAAGCUAUCGCAAGAACGCGCAGACAAGUUGUCCCAGCGAAAAGGCGAUCUUGUGGAACCACGUCAUGUCAACUUCAGUCCACUCAGCACCAAGGACCAAGGCUCACUUCUCGGACUUCUUGUUCAGGGCAAUUAUCCUAAGUCUAAAGCCAAACAGGCGGUCAACCUCUCAAUCGUUGACAGUGUCUCUGAAAACCUCAGAAACAAUGCAACGUAUCACACAGUCGGCAAAUCCUCUGCGUUCAUUGCGAAGUUGGACUCGCUUCUAGCCGCCAGUCGCAUGACAAAACGCCCCUGAGAACCUUGUUUUCUGAUACCAUCAGUAUCCUUACUAUGUACCUAUACUUUUGCAGCUUUUCAUGAUCCCUUGUUAUCUUUGUCAUUGUUUACAUUUAUGCCUUGCAAGUGACUGUAGAAUACAUUACUCUCUGGAAUAAGUUACAGAACUCGUG